AUGUCUGUCUGUUCUGACACCCGCACUGAAUCCUGGCAGGUGGACGACUGCCCAGAGAGCUAUUGCGAGCCCUGCUGUGCCCCAAGCUGCUGCACCCCAGCCCCCUGCCUGACCCUCGUUUGCACCCCAGUGAGCUGUGUGUCCAGCCCCUGUUGCCAGUCCACCUGCCCCAGCUCCUGCACACCAUGCUGUCAACAGUCCAGCUGCCAGCCAGCUGGCUGUAGCUCCUCCCCCUGCGGCAGCUCCUCCCCCUGCUGUGUGACCCUCUGCUGCAAGCCGGUCUCCCAGUCGUCCUGCUGUGUGCCCCUCUGCUGCAAGCCCGUCUGCUGCAAGCCCGUCUGCUGCACACCCAUCUGCUGUGGGUCUUCCUCAUCCUGCUGCCAGCAGUCCAGCUGCCAGCCCUCCUGCUGCAAGCCCGUCUGCUGCAGACCCUGCUCCAGCGUGUCCCUGCUCUGCCGCCCCGUGUGCAGACCUGCCUGCUGCGUGCCCGCCUCCUCCUGCUGUGCCUCCUCCUGCCAGCCCAGCUGCUGCCGCGGUUCCUCCUCUGUGUCCCUGCUCUGCCGCCCAGCCUGCUCCAGCCAGGCCUGCUGA